AUGGAAACCAGCACCAUUCUAAAGGAGCAGGAGAGCAUCGCCAAGACCAUCGAAAGGCUGCGGACGAACUUCAAGAAGGAUGGCCCAAGCAAAUGGAAAGCGCCUUACCUUGAAAACAAGGUUAAGGAGCUCAACUCAUAUUGGAGGCAGUUCGUGACCAACAAUGCGACUCUCACAUCUCAGCUCCCGGGAAGUCAUCCUUAUAUCCUGCAUAAUUUAUACCAAGAAACCAAAACGGUUUACGAGGAUUUUAUGCAAAAAAUCAAAAACUGCCCUGAGUUUGAGAAAGACUCUAACUCAGAGUCGGACGAUACUCCACCAACAGAUGCGGGGUUACUUCGACCAUCGAGACUUUCCAGUACUAUGGAAAGUGUGACAGUGACGUCUGAAUCUUUAUCUGACGUCAUCUUCAUCCCAACAACAACAACACCAGUAGUUACACAGGCCGUGUACACUGGGACAAUUCCACGUCAAUACAAGGUUGCGACAACCAGCAACAACGCAGUUACUACUACUAGUUCCAGAUGGAAUCAACCCAUCACCACGACUGAGCAUCCGCUCAAUACAACUACGCCAACUUGGAAUCUACCUUCUACAACAACAGGGGGGGAGGCUGCGACCUUGGUUUCAACCCUUCGGCUUAGCGACACGAACUACAUCGCCGCUCUAGAGAUACUGGAGGAACGCUACAAUAAUCCACGACGCAUUAUUACUUCUUACUUGGACAUCGUUGUCGACCAUAAAAAGUUGGAGCACCGCGUAGCAGAGGACCUUUCAUCUCUUCAUGGUGCCAUUCGGGAAUGUCUAACUGGACUAGCUAACAUGGGUUAUAAAACCAAUGAAUGGGAGGCCAUAAUGGUGCACAUCGCCAUGAAGAAACUGGACAACGAAACACAGCGACUCUUUGAUGAAAGUUUGGAUUCCGCAAAAAUAAUGCCAACAUUAAAGGAAUUAUUGGAGUUCUUGAUGAAACGACACCAUAAUCUGUUGAAUUUCAGCAAGGGCAAGAAAUCAGCUAAGCCAGAGGCAGCUACAAAUUCAACCAACAAGAAAACCUUCCAUUCCACAGUUCAGUCUUGUGGUAUGUGCAUAGAACAACAUUCAAUAACUAAAUGUGACAAAUUCAAGGGCCUCAGCACAUUCAACCGGAAGAAAACGGCGGAUAAGCUAAGUCUCUGUGUAAAUUGCCUCAUGCAUAAACGUGCCGAGAAAUGCUACAGCAAAAAGACUUGUUAUGAAUGCCAAGGUCAGCACCACACUCUUUUGCACUAUCAGAAGAAAGCAAAGGGGGAUCAGCAGCCCAAAAAUACAAAUGCAGCUGAUUUAGCCAAAAAAAAAUGUGGAAGAGCUACCGCACUCGUGAAAGUGAAAACUACAUCUGGACGGACAGAAUUGCUGAGAGCUCUUGUGGAUCCUGGAUCCCAAGCAAGUUUUAUCACCGAAGAUGCCGCUCAGAGUCUCCACCUUAAAAAGUCCCGAAUCAACGCAUCGAUCUCUGGAAUAGGAGAAACAACAGCUAGUACAUCUCGUUACAAAGUCCAGAUCACCAUAGGACCACGAUUUCCUUCAUCAUUUGCCAUAGGAAUUUCCGCCUUCGUGCUACCUAAGAUCACUAAUUCAUUACCAGAAAGGGCAAUACAACUUCAGGGGGAGGAAAAUUAUGGCAACAAUAUUCUUGCUGAUCCUACAUACAUGACACCCGGUCCGAUCGACCUACUUCUGGGGGCUGACGUAUAUACUGACAUCCUAGAAAAUGACUUGAAAAAAGGGAAAGACGGACAUCCUACAAUGCAGAAGACCAAACUUGGUUGGACCUUGAUUGGAAAAAUCUCGAAUAAAUCUGAGUCAACACAAAUUCUAAGUAUGAUUUCCACAACCGAAUGGGAUCAACAACUGCGCCAAUUUUGGGAUAUGGAUGACUGCGUGCCCAAAAAGGCUCUCGCGAACGACUUUUGCGAACAACAUUUCGUGAAGACUACAACCAAAACAAACGAAGGAAGAUAUGUCGUUGAGUUACCCUUCAAACACACCAAUUAA